AGCCGCAGCCGUCUAUCCGAUCCGUCGCUUCUGCUGCUGCUGCUGUUACGAGACGAGGGAACGGGCUAUUGUCAGUUGAAGCGGUCUGUUUCUUCUGCAUCUUCUUGUUCUAUGCUGGUCCCGGCCGGUUGGACUCAUUGCUGGAUAUCCGCAUUUGAUUACCUGCCUGUUCCUGGUCCGCCAUGCUUGGUAUCUGGUCCUAGUCGCGGGCAGUUUAUUAGAGCAUGUACAUGGACUAUUGCGUGAACACCUCGUCUGUCUGCCGUUUGUUUUGUUUCUCAUUUAUACCCUUGCGAGCGCUUCUCUCUGUCUUUGCCGCUUCUUUUUUUUUUUGUCCCUCACCUCUGCCAUCCUUCUUCCCUCCUCCCCCUUCCCUUCUCGAUAUCAUCCUCGUGAUAUCUUGAUCCUCUUCCGCCUCACAUCCCCAGCCAUGCGGUCCCAAUUCGCUUGGUCGGCCUUCGUUGCCGCUGCCGCGGCGCUCGACGUCGCGCAGGUCUUCCCUAUGACGCCCAACCUGAUCCCGCUGCAGCAAAAUGCCGGCUCGGACAACCUGUUCCCCAUGGCCGACUGCUUCGGCUUCAAGCUGCACGAGGCCACCAUCGACGAGAUGCAGGCCGCCAUGGCCAAGGGCAACCUGACCUCGGUCCAGCUGGUCAGCUGCUACCUGACGCGCCAGUUCCAGACGCAGCAGUACCUCAACGCCAUCAUCCAGAUCAACCCCGACGUCUUCGCCAUUGCCUCCCAGCGCGAUGCUGAGCGCAAGGCCGGCAAGGUCCGGGGCCCUCUGCACGGCAUCCCCUUCAUCGUCAAGGACAACAUCGCCUCCAAGGACAACCUGGACACCUGCGCCGGCAGCUGGGCCCUGCUCGGUAGCGUCGUCCCCCGCGAUGCUCAUGUCGUCAGCAAGCUGCGUGAUGCCGGUGCCGUCCUGUUCGGCAAAGCCGCUCUCAGCGAGUGGGCGGACAUGCGAAGCAACAACUACUCCGAGGGCUACUCCGGCCGCGGUGGCCAGUGCCGCAGCGCCUACAACUUGACCGUCAACCCCGGUGGCAGCAGCUCUGGCAGCGGAGUUGGUGUUGCGGCCAAUGUCAUUGCCUUUGCUCUGGGCACGGAGACUGAUGGAAGUGUCAUCAACCCUGCUCAGCGCAACGCCAUUGUCGGCAUCAAGCCCACCGUCGGUCUGACGUCCCGCGCCGGCGUCAUCCCCGAGUCCGAGCACCAGGACUCCGUCGGCACCUUUGGCCGAACCGUCCGCGAUGCCACCUACGCCCUUGAUGCCAUCUAUGGCGUUGAUCCCCGAGACAACUACACCCUCGCCCAGCAGGGCCUCACUCCCAAGGGCGGAUACACGCAGUUCCUGUCCAACCGCACUGCCCUCAAGGGCGCCACCUUUGGCGUCCCCUGGAAGAGCUUCUGGGUCUACGCCGAUCCCGAGCAGCAGCAGAUCCUGACCAGCCUCCUGAAGCUCAUCGAGUCUGCCGGCGCCACCAUCAUCAACAACACCGAGAUCACCGACUACCAGACCAUUGUCAGCCCCGACGGCUGGAACUGGGACUACGGCACCACCCGAGGCUUCCCCAACGAGUCCGAGUACACCUACAUCAAGGUCGACUUCUACAACAACAUCAAGUCGUACCUGUCCGAGCUCACCAACACCAACAUGCGCUCUCUUGAGGAUAUUGUCGAGUACAACAACAAGUACCCCGGCACCGAGGGCGGUUACCCCAUGCCCGACGGCACCCCUGCCUUCUGGUCCGGCCAGGACGGCUUCCUCGCCUCUCUCGAGACCAAGGGCGUCCAGGACGAGACCUACUUCCAGGCCCUCGAGUUCUGCCAGUCGUCCACCCGCAACGGAAUCAACGACGCCCUCACAUACAAGGGCAAGAAGCUCGACGGUCUCCUGGUGCCCCCCGAUGUUGCCCAGAGCAUCCAGAUCCCCGCCCAGGCCGGCUACCCUGCCAUCACCAUCCCCGCCGGCAUCCACUCCGACUCCGGCAUGCCCUUUGGCCUGGCUAUCCUGCAGACUGCCUUUGGCGAGGACAAGCUGAUCAAGUACGCCAGUGCCAUUGAGGACCUGCAGAAGAGCAGCAACACGCCCUACAAGCGCACCCUGCCCACCUGGCGCGGUUACCUGGAGAGGAACCUUCCCGUUCCUCUGUAAGCUGCUGUGCAGACGCAAGGUUCAUCAUAGAAAAAUACAAGAAAAGGUACAAAAAGUCAUGUCGUUAUGAUAUAUGCUCUUGUAUAUAGAUAUAUACACAUAC